AUGGAUGACAUUUAUUUUCCCUCGCCCUUUCAAGAUGAUGUUUUCGAGUUCUCCGCCGUCGAGUCCACUUCAACUGGUUCUAGCCAGCCAGCCACAAGGAACCGAGGGCUUCCAGUUAACUUUCCUGCCUAUGAAGAUUCGAGUGCUUCUCGCGGUGACAUAGGCAGCGUCAACUCCAAUAGACCGUCGAAUAGGAAACUUCCUAUCCCCCGAGUUUCAUCGCCUUACCACUUUACUAGCGGUGGACGGGUCAGCCGAGCGUGUGGAAACUGUCGCGAGCAGAAAGCCAAAUGUAGCGGACACGAACCAGCUUGCCAUCGAUGCCAGGAUGAUGGCCUGCAGUGCUCCUACAGCGAACGAAAGCGCGAGAGAGUAAACAAGUAUGUUUCGUGUCAUGGUACUGUGGCCUUUCUCACACCACACAGGCAAAUAGCCGAUCUGACCUCCCGAGUUCAAAUAUAUGAGACUCUCCUACACACCCUCUAUCCUCGACUAGACCCUCCAUCUGCACAGCAUGUCGAUCAAACUUUACACACUCUUUCUAGUCAAGAGACGCCCUGUGGCCCUCAGGCCGCAGCCAGACCCGUCCCUUUGCUCGGUAAUUUGGCUUUCGGCGAAGAAGAAUUAAGCCACAGUAAUAUUGUGCAGUCGAUUGGGAUCAUAGGCCAGCUAUCAGGGAUGGCCUGGCUGUACCGACUCAAAUGUCAUAUCCACCAGAACAGUUCAAAGAUUGCAGGGGAUCAUCCGGACUGGCCUUCCAUCUCCUCUGUGAACUAUUUCCUAGAUGAUACUGAAUUUCUGAUGUCAGCUGAAGUGGAUCUCUCCUGGUGGCCCCCACAGACAACUGCUGCUCAGCUUGUCCAUCUCUAUUUCCAAACCGUGCAUCCCGCUUUUCCUGUUCUUGGCAAGCCAGUUUUUCUGGACCAAUACCAAAGAUUCUAUUCGAGCCCAAAUGCGCAACCUGGAAAACGAUGGCUGGCUUUGCUGAACCUCAUUUUUGCACUCGCUGCAAGACACUCAACAAUAGUGAACUGUCAGACCUCUUGCGACAACAAUGACUGUUCGACGUAUUUCUCUAGGGCAUGGCGACUUAGUACAGGUAGUUCUGCGCCGAUAGACCAUCCAGACUUGCAGCAGGUACAAAUUGAAGGCCUAACAGCCAUGUACCUUCUCUCUGUGGGCCAUGUGAACCGGUCAUGGCGAGCUAUCGGUAAUGCUAUUCGAUCGGCUAUCACGAUGGGUCUUAAUCUCCGUAUUAGCACCUCCCGUAUUAGUCAACAAUCAAAAGAGACCAGGUACCGACUAUGGUGGGCUCUCUUCGUGCUAGAGACAGAUCUAUGCGUGAUGACUGGACGUCCACCUAGCACGAAUAGGACCGACUGUGCAACGCCACUUCCAGCCUCCUUUCAACAAGAUAACUGGGAUACUAGUAGUGUUCCAAAACGUUCGGUGGAUCCAGAAGCUCGGAACACUAUUAUAAAUCCUAUUCCGUCAAAUGGUUGGAGGGCUUCCCUAGGGGGGGACAUGGUGAUCGCUAUGAAGCAGUCAAAACUAAGCGAAAAAACGCAAUUCAAAGCGCUCGAGCAGGAGCUAGCUGAGAUUCCUACGCCUAACACCUCGCUCUACUUCUCUUUCUUGGUGGACUUGACGUUCAUUAUGCGAGAGGCUAUUGCCAUCUUGUAUGCCCCAGCCGCAGCUCAACGAUCAUGGCACAAUAUUGAAACAGCCGCCGCUGCCCUCUCUGAGAAUGCCGACCGUUUUCUUUCCCGUCUGCCAUGGGAUUUACAAUUCACGAAUUAUUGUCUAAACCAACCUUUCAUUCGUCAACGCGUCAGCCUGGCUUUCUACUUCUACUCCACGAAACUCAUCAUUUCUCUUCCUUGCUUCUGCCACAUGGCCUACUCGCCGCGAAACACGGAAUCACUCGGUCCUGUAUGCGGUACCCUAGCCACCCAAUGCGUUGAUGUGGCGGGCCAAAUGCUCAACGUUCUCCCUGACUCGUUGGACAUGACUCAGCUAUAUGGCUUCCCCCCGUGGUGGGGUGUUUUCCAUCAUGUGAUGCAGUCUAAGGUCGUUCUUCUGGUUUACUUAUGUACUCAGAACCAUUUAAACAGUGAAGAGAUCAACAAAAUUUCGGAGACAGUCAAGAAGGCUGCGCAGUGGCUGAAGAAAAUGUCUUCACAUGAUCCAUCAUCGAGCCGGGCUUUACGUAUCUGUCAAGACCUGAUCUCCCGGCAUGUUCCGGAACUUGGGCUGAUACUUAGUCUCGAGGGCUGA